CUAAAGAUUUUGGAACCAACUUCAACAAUUCAAGGUACUGCAGCAUUAAGUGGACGAGGGUGUGUCUUUUAAGUUAUUGAACCACAAACUCAUCAUGUGACUUACAAUCAAAGAGAGACCCUUACAAACAAAUAAAAUAGUUUUUAAAUUGCAGUCAUUUGAGGGCUGAGGGGAUUGGGUGUGUCUUUUAAGUGUUUGGACCGCCACCGUUGGGGAAACAUCUUUCGAAAAUGAGCAGUUGCCAAGAGCAUACCAUUACUGUGGGUGUGUCUAUGGGGCGGACCGCAUGAGUGAUACUAUGAAAGCAGUUGUUCUGUUAUCUGGACCAAUCCAUUCUCUCUCGCCAAGACCCAAAUAUGGCUGGUGUGCAGAAAAAAAAAAAUGAGGCACUGAGGAUUGUUCUGGUUGGGAAGACUGGAGUUGGGAAGAGUGCAACAGCAAACACCAUCCUGGGGAAAAAAGUGUUUGAGUCCAAACGUUCCCCUGUUUCUCUGACAAAAGAGUGUGACAAGGCAAGAGGGGAGGUGGAUGGGAGAGAAGUGGCUAUUGUUGACACUCCAGGCUUGUUUGACACUAACUUGUCACAAGAGGAGACCCUGAUGAAGAUUGCUAAGUGUAUCUCCUUCUCUGCUCCUGGGCCCCAUGUGUUCCUUGUAGUGAUUGCGUUGGUUAGAUUCACACAGGAAGAGAAAGACGCAGUGGAGAUGAUUCAGUCAUUCUUUGGAAAAGAUGCAGCAAGAUACAUCAUGGUUCUCUUCACAAAUGCAGACCAGCUUGAUGAAGAACAAACAAUUGAAGAAUUUUUGCGUGCCUCUUCAGAUCUUCAGGAUGUCAUUGCCAAAUGCGGUGGGCGGUAUCAUGACUUCAACAACAGAGAUAAGAAGAACCGCUCCCAGGUCACUGAGCUGCUUGAGAAGAUAAACAAGAUGGUCAUGAUGAAUGGAGGAAGCUACUACACCACUGAGAUGUUCCAAAAGGCUGAGAGGGCGAUUGAAGAGGAGAUGAAGAGGAUCUUGAGAGAGAAGGAAGAGGAGACACUCAGAGCGGAGGAGGAACUAAAAGCAAAAUAUGAAGGAGAGUUCCUAAAGAAACAACAAGCCAUCCUAAGUGCAGCCACCGUGGCAUCAGCCAGAGGUUUAGCUGAAAGAGAAAACAACUUCACAAAAAAUCCUCUGCGCUUUUUGAGCUCUUUGUGUAGUAUCCUCUGAGGUGGUGUCAUCAGAAAAAAAACAAAUAACUGUGGGAUGGCAUUAGGCAUGUGACAAUAGAACAAGACAUGAAGUACUGAAGACUGGGGGGAAAAGCACCACAGUACUAUACUGCAAAAUCACAUGACUUUUCAUCAAUGAUAAAGUGGCAUGGAAAAUAAUAUUAGGAUAGGACUUGAUUUGCCCUUGAUGACAAGUGAUGGCCCGGAUGCCAAGUGAACUCAUAUAAUUUGCUUACAAUCAUACCAUUGAGUGACCUGCUUUAAAUGCUGAAGCUAACGGAAUCUGCUAACCCAACUUAAAAUAAUCAUUGUUUUCCAUCAUCCUGUGUAACAGGUAACACACAGACGACUGUAAUGGCAGAGAGAAAGAACCUGAAUAAUCAUGAGUGUAAUGAUACAUGCAUACUUUGAGGUGUAUUUUAUAUAUUGAUCUUGAGAUUGGGACUUACUCCUGUAUCUGGCAUAUUUGAAUGUGACUGCAUGUACCUAGAAUUCGGUAUUACAGCUAUUGCUUCAACUGCACCUCGGACUCAAGUCUUAAACAUGUUUGUGUUUAUAGAAUAAUUGUACUACUGCGUUCAGCUAUACAAUCCCUAUUAGAUCACGGAUUACUACAAGGAAGGAAUGCAUUUUAUUGUUUAGAAGGAAGAACCCAGGUCUACUUGUAGAGUUUAACUCCAACCCAAAAUUAGCACUAACUUCCCAUCACUAGAGGGGGCCAUAACUUGGUUUACCCGGGGUGUACUGCAGAAUUAAAAACAUCCUCCAGUGA